AAUGAACGGAAGGCAGAGCUGCUCAAUCUGUUUCCUCGAUGUUCGCUUUGGGUCUCAGCGCAGGAAGCCUAGUGCUAUGAAAAGGCAGAGGAAGGAGCCUCUCCACCUCCAAGGAGCUAAUCAGUCAGGAGCAGGCGGAGUUGGGGUGGAGAAGAGGUGGGGAAGUGGACGAGGGAACAGAGACACUGGCUGGCAAGGACACGCUGUCACAGAGGGAAGCUCCCCACAUCUGCAGCUGGGCUUACAACAGGGUGGAUAUAGCGAGCGAGCUGUGUGAGCAAUGAAAGCAAAAGCUGACAUGAAUUGUGUUGGGAAGACUUUUUGUACCUUCGUUCUGCUCACUGUCACUGUGGCCAUGAUACCAAUGGAUAACAUCAGAGUGUAUAAAAUAGCUGGUUCCAGUGUUAAUCUGACGUGUGGUGACAUUUCAAGGGUGGAUCUGGUAAUAGUAAUAUGGAAGAUAAGACCAAGGACUGGAAAUCACUGCCAACUGGCAUACAGAACUGAUCUGAACAAGACAGGCAGAACAAACUGCAGUGAGAGAAUGGAUUGGAAAUCUAGCCCUGAUACUGAUAGUGCACUUCAGAUACGGCAAGUGACACUCACAGAUGAGGGAUGUUAUACCUGUGAAACUUUUACCAGCGAUGGAACUUUCAUUCGAACCUACACUCUGACUGUAUUAGUCCCUCCUGCGGUGACCUUGACCUGUGACAGUAAAGGGACCGCUGUGUGCAAGGCAGCUGCAGGGAAACCAGCUGCACAGGUCUCUUGGGACCCAACUGGAGAUCCCAGGACUGAGCUUGAAAAUCACACAGAUGGGACAGUGACUGUGCUCAGUAUAUACAGCUCCAAAGAGACUAGUAUCACCUGCCUGGUCUCUCAUCCGGCUUGGAACACGAGCCAAUCCAAGGAAUGCACAUCAGAUUGA